GCUGUUGCAGCAACUGAAUGUAGAAGAAGAAGUGGAGGAGGAAGACGGCUUCUCAAAUCCUGCCAAAAGACCAAACACAUUCCAGAUAGUGGUCUCUAAGGGUCGACACAAUGGAGUUCUUCUUACACAUUAGUUUAAAGAAGGAGCUUUUCUGUGCAUUGUGCACGCUGUCCCUCCUCUUCCUCACCACAUCUGCAGAGGAAGUGAAAAACUCCCAGUGUCACAACUACGCGGGAGGACACGUCUAUCCUGGGGAGGCUUUCCGCGUGCCUGUGUCGGACCAUUCCCUGCACCUCAGCAAAGCCAAAAUUUCAAAACCUGCGCCGCACUGGGAAGGAACAGCUGUCAUUGGUGGCGAAUUCAAGGAGGCGAAGCUGUCCGACUACAAAGGCAAAUAUCUUGUCUUCUUCUUCUAUCCUCUGGACUUCACAUUUGUCUGCCCCACUGAGAUCAUUGCAUUCAGCGAUCGUGUGCAUGAGUUCAAAGCCAUCAACACCGAGGUGGUCGCCUGCUCCAUCGACUCCCAGUUCACCCACCUGGCCUGGAUAAAUACGGCCAGAAAGGAAGGUGGACUUGGGCCAAUGAAAAUCCCUCUGCUGUCUGACCUCACGCACCAGAUUUCUAAAGACUAUGGAGUGUACCUGGAGGACCAGGGACACACACUGAGAGGACUUUUCAUCAUCGACGACAAAGGCAUCCUGAGGCAGAUCACCAUGAACGAUCUCCCCGUGGGAAGAUCUGUGGAUGAGACUCUGAGGCUCGUCCAGGCUUUCCAGUACACUGACAAACACGGAGAAGUGUGUCCAGCAGGAUGGAAGCCAGGCAGUGACACAAUCAUUCCCGACCCUUCAGGCAAGCUGAAGUAUUUUGAUAAACUGAACUGAUCUGCGUUACACUCGGCCCAGUCUGUGAAAUAGCAAAAGUCCAAAUAAAAACGUGUUUUCAUAAAA